AUGGUGCCCAUCCGUAUGCUUCAAUUACAACUAGCUCUUAUUUUUUUCCUGCAAGUAAUAAGCGAAUCUGUUCCAUCAUAUUUCGACGUCAACCAUCUUCCAGGAGAUGAGGAAACGGAAGUAGAUCUGCUGGUGCCUGUUGAGGGAACUUUAAACAGUGAUCCCAGAGUCUUCAGGGCCAAGGGAAUUGAUGGAUUGCCAGCUAUUGGCAUACAGAGAGGAGUGGAGAUCGCUGUGCCUUAUAGACUGUAUAUGCCCAAAAAAUUUUUCCCAGAGUUCUCUAUUCUUAUUUCCGUUAAACCAAUGGAUAGGCGAGGUGGAUACUUGUUCGCAAUCGUGAAUCCCUAUGAUACAUCUGUAGACGUUGGUGUUUUAUUAGAGCCUUCAGCUAGUGGGCAGACAAAUGUUUCUCUGAUAUAUCAGGAUCAACUUUCGGGUCAAUCAGCUGCAAUAGCUUCUUUUGAAGUCCCUGAGUUUAUCCAGCAAUGGACUCAAUUAGCUUUCGAAGUCACUAAAAGUCAUAUAACUCUUUACUUCAAAUGUAUUCGCUACGCAGCGAAACAGGUAUACUCACUGAGUGAAUUGUCUAUGGAUGAUGCGCACAAGUUAUAUAUUGGAAGCGCAGGCCCCAUAUUAGGAUUAGGCUUCGAGGGUGCUAUACAAGAGUUAAAAAUUAUUGAUGAUGCUUCCGAAGCUGCAAAACAAUGUGAUGAACUAUGGUGGCGGCGUCGAAAAACGCUGAAAGCUAAAGCAAAAGCGAAGGGCGAUGAAGGAUCCGGCAAUCCAGAGCAUGUUAAGGAUCAACAAAAAAUUGAGGGUGGAGAGGAUGAAUCUCCUUAUUCCACUAUUCCGCCUCCACCACCUAUUCCUCCCGUGUUCCAAAUGACGGAUAGACACACGCCAAAUGAUAGAGAUUCAAGAGAUUUAUGGGCUGGUAUACGUGAUGAUAGGCUACUCGUACCUUAUCACAGAAAAACAUCAGAAAUAUUUGCACCUCUAGAAGCAUCUAUGGCUCAUUUGAAAGGAGAACGAGGAGAACCCGGACCACCUGGCGUAUGUGAGCGACACUGUCGAGAUGGAAUACCCGGCGCUCCAGGUUUACAAGGUCCUAUGGGAAUACAAGGUCCACCAGGUCCACCCGGCCCUCCGGGAUCUUCUGUUGUUUCAUCACGUUUUGAAGGAGGCGUACCAUCUGUGACAGGUCCGGCAGGUCCACCCGGGCCGGAAGGUCCUCAGGGACAACAAGGACCCCAGGGACCACAAGGACCAAGGGGUGAAGCUGGGCUACCUGGGUUACCCGGGUUACCCGGCAGAGAUGGACACAGCUUCGAAGGGCUAACAGAAAAAGAUAUUGAGAAAAUAGUGAAACACUCAGCGUUCCAGGGACAAAAAAGCUUUGACUCUUCCUAUAACAAAUACGACUUAGAAGAAUUGCCCGCAUAUGAUAGUGCCAAACAUCGAACAACACUAAAAGGAGAGAAGGGAGAACGAGGAGAGCGAGGACCUGCGGGACCUCCUGGUCCUCCAGGUAUUAUUUCUUCAUCAGGAGGAAUGCCUUCAGGAAGUGGGAGUGUUGUAGGAACAUAUCCUACAACUGUGGAGUUGUUUGCUUCUGCUCGCUCAGCAGAGAUAGGAACUUUAGCUUUUGCUACUUCCACCCAACAGUUGUAUAUUAAAGUUUAUAAUGGUUGGAAAGAGGUUUUGUUAGGUCACUUCCAUCCUAUAAUUGAACAACGCAAAAGUCAGCCGAUUGAGCCAGAUCCUGAUUUUAAACCAAAUCAUUUGGAGUACUGGCGUGAUCAAGAAGUCCUCGCUAAACAUCCGCCAUGCUUUCGACGCUCUCUAACCACAACGGAAUCACCACCUGUAGCAAUAGGGCAGCCAUUGUCGCAUUCGUACUACCAUGCCGAUGGUUCGGUUCCUCAACAAGCAUCCACAAGUAUUCAUGCCCUACCAUCUUUCCAUCCUCAACAUAAAGACCGAGCUAUUCACCUAAUUGCUCUGAAUAUGCCUCUCGAUGGAAGUAUGCACGGUAUUCGGGGAGCAGAUAAUCUCUGUUACCAUGAAUCUAGGCGAGCCGGUUUCACGACAACCUUCCGAGCUUUGCUUUCCCAUAAUGUUCAAGAUGUAUUAAGAAUUGUUCACUCUGUUGAUAUGGAUACGCCACUGGUCAAUUUGAAUGGUGAACGUUUGUACAGUUCAUGGAGAGUAUUGCUCAAUGACGGGCAACGUAGCUCUGCUCCAAUAUACUCUUUUAACCGUCGAAAUGUGCUCACUGAUGAUAACUGGCCUGAUAAGAGAGUUUGGCACGGCUCACUUGCCGGAGGAAUACGAGGAAGUGAUUUCUGUGAUGGGUGGAGAAGAAAUCAAGAAUCAUUUACGGCCGCUGCAGGGGAUUUACGUCAGUCAGCAGGACUUUUCUCGCAAAGUGAACCCGUACCUUGUGCUCAAAAGCUUGUUGUACUAUGUGUUGAGAAUAUGUCGAAAUAUCAUGGAGACAAGCUGCUUCUGAAGAAACGACCAGAUCCUUCCUUCUGGUAA